AUGAAACUCCUCUCUCUGCUGUCACCGGCGCUCCUAGCAGCGACCGCGUAUGCCGCCGAAGACGCCUCGUCCUCAUCCUCCACACCACCAGCCGCAGCCUCCCCAGCAGCCGACGAACCCACCCCUGUAGGCGCCCUUUGGACAGCGCAAUGGGACAGCACCACCCUGCAACCAUACACCCAACACUGCCGCAACAAAAACACCUACACCGCCAAGAUCUACAAGCUCAAUGAACUCUACCCAGACUUAGAAGAGCAAGCUCCUCAACUCAAAGUCUUCUACAACAAGCAACUAUACGCCGGCUCCUGGGCAGGCAUCGACGUCCACGGCACCGGUCGCGAACUCAUCAAGAUGAACAUGGCAGAUAUGCCGUACAAAGUGCGAGAUUGGCUGAAACGCGAGUUGCUACAACGGCAUUAUAGUGUGCAAGAUGAUCUUGUGUUCUUUGCCCCUGGAGCGAUUUACCCGAUUCUGCCCUUGUGGGUUGAUGAUGCGGAGGAAGGCGGAGAAGAGUGUGAGGGUGUCUUUGAUGGGCUGGAGAAUUACUCGAAUGAACCCAAGGAUGGGGCGGUCAUUGGCAAGGUCAGUCAUACGAAUAUUGGGGAGAAGGAGGUUAGGUUCACAGUUGAGGCGUUGAAGGUCAAGGCUAAGGAUGGGAGGGACGAGUUGUGA